AUGUCUUCUAAAUCGAAGAAGCGCUCAAAUGACUACCAGUCCGAUGGUGGCUUUGUCGUGAGCGACGACAAUGAUCAGAAAAGCCGCUCGAAACGAGUCAAGACAUCGUCUAAAAAGACCGACUCCAAUGGAGAUACGUACUGGGAGAUCUCAAACCUUCGUCGUGUCACCGUGUCGACCUUCAAAGGUAAAACAUUGGUACAUGUUAGAGAAUAUUAUGAGAAGGAUGGCCAAGAACUCCCGGGAAAGAAGGGCAUAUCUUUGCCAAUUGAACAAUUUUCCGCUUUAAUCUCUCAUUUACCAGAAAUUGAAGAAGCACUAUCUCAGAAAGGCAUCACAAUUCCUCGACCGCCCUACAAUGGCCUUGCUGAGGAUGGGAAUGAAGAUGACGAGCCUAUCCAGCCUAUAUCAAGUGGCAAAAAGAACAUUGAUGUCACAAGUGACGAGGAAGAGGAAGAAGACUGA